GGACAACCCUCUGCGGGGUCCUGAGGGCAGAAGCAAGAUGGCGGCCCCCAUGGUGGCGAAGUUCGGCGCCCUCGCAGGCGGAGUCUGCCCUCGGUGGAAGGCUUGGCUGCCCGGACUAACUCAAGUCAGGUGGAGUCGAUAUAGCCCUAGUUUCAUUGAACCAGAAGUCAACAAAGAAGUCUACCAAAAACCACCAGAACAAUUGUCAGAAGAAGAAAAGGCAGCAUGGGAUCUUAAAACAGUCCAACCUAUAAAAGCCACCCCUUCCAAUGUCAGCAGCUCUGUAUUUUAUGACCCACUGAUCAGCAAAUUCACUAGUCUCAUGAUGAAGGGAGGAGAUAAGAUUUUGGCCCGAUCCCUCAUCAAUCAGACUUUGGAAACUAUUAAGAGGAAGCAGCUUGAAAAUUACCAUAAAGCAGAUGAGAAGGAUAAAGAAAACAUUGAGUGCAACCCUUACACAAUCUUCCACCAAGCGUUAAAAAACUGUGAACCUGUCAUUGGACUUGUGGGUGUCCAGAAAGGAGGCAGAACCUACCAGGUCCCAACCCCACUGACAGACAGUCGGCGGCGCUUCUUAGCAAUGAAGUGGAUGAUAACAGAAUGCAGGGAGAACAAGCACAGGAGGACACUUAUGCCUGAAAAGCUUUCCAAAGAGCUGCUGGAAGCCUUUGACAACCAAGGUGCUGUAAUAAAGAAAAAGCAUGAGCUUCACAAAAUGGCUGAGUCUAACCGGGCCUUUGCUCACUUUCGGUGGUGGUAGGAAGUGCGCUAGCUUGCCAAAUACACCUUCUGAAGAUGGCAACUUCGUUACAAGACAAGGAUUCUUACUUUUAAAAAUUCUGUAUAGCUUUCUUUGCAUAACACUCUUCUGGGAGGGCCAUUGCGAGCUUCACAUCUGCCUCUUCUCUAAUAGUAUGGUAAAGAAGAUAUGAGCUAAAAUAAAAUGUCCUCUUUUUUACACUCCCAUGAGGUAAACUUCUGGUUACUUUAUGGUUUAGGUGACUCAAUUGGUACAGGCCUCUGCGUGUAUGGUUUCUGUUUUGUUCCAUUCUGGACUCUUUCAAGUCAGAUUUAUCUCUAAUAAAAGUACAAGCUGUCUUCUGGAGUUCUGUAAGAAACAGCUUAGAUAUUUUUUGUCAAGCAUAAUUUUUGCCAAUAUUCAAGAUCAGAGAACUCUAACACAGAUGGAAGUCACUUGUGGGUGUUCUACAAAUAUCUAUAGUGUAUUCUGUCCCUCUUUAAAAUGUUCGUUACAAUAGCAUAUCGAUAGGAACACACAUACUGAAUACAAUCAGCUUCUUAUAGGGAGGUCAGCUUCCCUUCCUUUUUCAGCAUGGUUUGCACAUGCCUUUUUAUUGUUAACUUUCUGUGCUGUCAUACCUAAAUGGCUGAAUUUUAGACUACAUUCAGAAGGACUGCUGUAUAUUCAAGUUUAUGUGAAAACAACUGGUCUAGCAUUUCAUCUGUAGUGGCCAAUUCAGCUAUGUAGGCAAUCAUUUGAUAGUACGGGCAUCCAAAGUGAGGAGGAUGCUUGACUAAACUACCCCUAACUUAUACUUGGAUGCUAAUCUGCAGAUUUCUUAAUUCCUUCACUUGUAGAAUAUCAUGAGAUUGACCUGCUGUACAAUAUUUAUUUGAGAAUGAUGGCUCCUUGCUGGUACAUCUGUAGAAUGAAUCCCUACACUGUGCCACUGAUAUCCGUCAAAUGAAUUGUUGCCCUGUGCCGUGAAGCAGCCCUACAAAUACAUUCAUUGGAGUUUCUAGCUUGUCCGCCAUAUUGGUUAUGACAAUCCUUAUGUAGCCAUGUUGUACUCUUCAUGUAAAAGAAAGAAGAGCUAUAUGCUUGGAGGAACCCCAAGGUUUAACUAUGUAUUUUUUAAGGGGGUGGGGCAACCUGAAUGGGAUGGGGACUAUAAAGUAUAUAUAGGUAUAUCUCAAACCGCAUUGAGGGCUGAACAUACUCAGUUGCUAGAGUGGUGACAGAACUGCAAAGUGAGGAGUGCAUAGGAUCCUGAAUAGCAACACCCCAGAUUACAUUAUGGUGUACCUGUAAUACCUGUUAUUCAUUUGAACCUAAAAACAAGUUUAAAAUGUUUUGUAAUGCAGAUACAAAACUACAGUAGACAAGUGGUGUAAAAUGUUUAUUUUUUAAAAAGUUCCAAAGAGAGCCACAACCUUCUUAGUAGAAAUGUACAAUACUGUACUUCAAAAUAAUUGUAUAAAAGUUAUAAAAUUGGUUUGUUGUUGUA